AUGGAUCAAGCAAAGUUGGCUAGGAUGCAGGCGAGCGUGCGGAUUGACAAGAGCGCGACUAAUCCCAUCAACAGAGGCAAGGGUACUCCCCGCCGCAAGGUCAAGAAGGUCCACAAGUCCUCCGGUGCCGACGACAAGAAGCUCCAGACCACCCUGAAGAAGAUGAACGUCCAGCCCAUCCAGGCCAUCGAGGAGGUCAACAUGUUCAAGGAGGACGGAAACGUCAUCCACUUCGCUGCUCCCAAGGUCCACGCCUCCGUCCCCUCCAACACCUUCGCCCUCUACGGUAACGGCGAGGAGAAGGAACUCACCGAGCUCGUCCCCGGCAUCCUGAACCAGCUGGGCCCCGACAGCCUCGCCUCCCUGCGCAAGCUCGCCGAGAGCUACCAGAACAUGCAGAAGAGCCAGGCCGGUGCUGAGGGCAAGAAGGAUGAGGACGAGGAUGAUAUCCCUGAUCUGGUCGAGGGCGAGAACUUCGAGAGCAAUGUCGAGUAA